CUCUUAACCCGUCGUGUCGUCGGCAGGUCUCUGCAGUGGUGGGAUACCCACGCUUGCUUUGACUGGAGUUCGGAACAAUGCUCUGUGGCUUGUUGGGCCGCGGGCUGACCGGCGCUGCGACCGACGCGGACCCUACUCUUGGCGACCACUACCAUCUCUGGCGACCCGAUCCCUACUCAGUCGGUCCCGCCUCCCGUAAUAUCUUGAGUUGUGACCUUGGUUUCGCAUUGGACCAGCAGCACAAGAGCCCGCGAGCGGCGCUGUUGACGAGGCGAUCUCAGUCGGCCAUCGACCACCGCCUCACAAACUCGAUGUCGGUAGCCGCAACGGUCCAUCACCACCGCGGCUUCGGCUCAUUCGUCGGCUUCACGUCGACGACCUCGGCGCUUUCACAGGCCCGGGAGUGCUUCAGAGUUGGUGUCGACAAACGUCGCGCCUCUGCUACCACUCGUCGGGACAUCGUGUGCUCUCCUUUUGAGACUUCGUGUCUCUUUGGUGCGCUCGCGUCUCAACGAUGAAGGGACUUCACGUCUCUUUUCAGUGCUCUUUCGCACUUAUCUG